ACAUCUUGCCAUCGGUACGUAAAUUAGUAUCAUGACGUAUGUCGGCAUGUGUGUGCGUGAUUGUGUGAGCAGAGAGACAGUGUGUGUGUGUGUGUGUGUGAGAAUGUAAGCGGUGGAGGGAGAGAAUGUGAAUGUGUGUAUUUAUUCCAAAGUUGAUAACCUUAAUCACACAAAUCAAAUUGUAUAAAUUACACUGUUUUUAUAUUAUUUUGUAUUACAGGACAUGCACUCAAAGAUGACAGGGUGUCAAGAGCAAUAGGGCUGUGCAAGAAGGUGGUGGGGCACUUCUCUCACAGUUGGAAGAAGAAGGCAGCAAUGACUGAAGCACAGAGGGAGCUCAAACUUCCUGAGCACAGCCUCAUCACUGAAUGCCCAACAAGAUGGGGAUCCAAAGAAAUGAUGAUUGCCAGGGUGCUAGAGCAGCUCAAAGCCAUUUCUCAGGUAUUGUCAGGUGACCGAUACGCACGCUCCCUCAUCCCAUCCUGGCAGGAUGUUCAGGUGUUGGAGUCUGUUCACAGUGCACUGCAUCCUCUCCUGGACUUUACAGAUGCUCUCUCUGGAGAGGAGUAUGUGAGCAUCUCCCACCUCAAACCAGUUCUUCACCUUCUGGCCACAUCAGUCCUGGCUGAAGAUCUAGAGGACACUGACCUGACUAGGUCAAUCAAAACCAAGGUCCUGGCAUACCUCAAUGAUAAGUACAGUGACCCUAGCAUUCAAGAGCUUUUGGAUGUUGCAUCCUUCCUGGACCCCAGGUUCAAAACCCAAUACAUCACCGCAGACAACAUUCCUACCAUUAAGACCCGACUCAAGACUGAAAUGCUGGAAUCAGCAAGGCGUGCAUAUAGCCAGGAGGUCUCGUACUGAAACCACUCCGAGGCCUCAAGGUGCACAGCCCUCUGGCGAAAAGGUAAAGAAGUCUCUUGGCAGCUUCUUCAAGACUGCUGUGGCCUCUUCUGCUUCUCCCAUGCAACUUGAAGAUGUCACUGAGGCAGAGUUAAACACUUACCUCAUGACCCCUGCCAUUGAUGGAGAGGAUGACUCCUUGGCCUGGUGGAAGGUGCACAAGAUCAACUUUCCACGACUGUGCAAUAUGGCCCGCAAGUAUCUCUGUGUCCCUGCGACAAGUGCUCCUUCAGAGCGUCUUUUCAGCACUGGAGGGAACAUAGUGACUUGCACUCGCUCGUCUUUAAAACCAGCGAAAGUUGACAUGCUGGUUUUCCUUGCAAAAAAUCUGUGAGCUCCUGAGAACUACACAGAAGAAUCUUUCUGGCUGACAGUGCCAUACUCAUUUUGCACUUUAGUAUGUUGUGUGCUGCUGUUACUGAGUGAAUAUCAUAUUUCCAUUAGUGUUCAAAAAGUUUUUUUCCCCUUCUUUUAGUAAGAACAUUCACUAGUUUAUUUUGUGUUCAUUGGGAGUUUGAUUUACCCAAAAAAUGUCCAACUGGUUAAAGCAGAUAGUUGUUCUCCUUACUUUUCCUGCACUUUAGUAUAUGUGAUGUUACUGACUGGAGAUCAGUAAGCUUUAUUUUUUUUAUAUUUAUAUCUGACUGUAUAUUUUAUUCAUUUAUUUAUAGACUGUCCUGUUAAGUUCAGACAGUGUUUAAGAAGUGCAGUCCACAUGUUUACAUAUCAUGUUUCAUGACACGUGAAAAGUUAGACAUGUUGAAGAGGUAAAGCCACAGAUUUGUUUGCUUUAUUGUUGUAAUCUGUGCUUCAAAUAAAUCUGAUAGUUUAUUAUGAAACAGAUUGAUUUAUUGCUUGUGUUCGUUGAAAAAUACAUGAGAAGAGGACCUUGAAAAAAUAAUCGCAUAUUAAAUCACAAUCGCAAUAUUGAGGGAAAAAAAAUCGCAAUUAGAUUAUUUUCCAAAAUUGCUCAGCCCUAGUAUGUUUAACAUCAGCUGUUUGUCAGCCAGAACUUUGUGAGCAGUGGUAGUUUUGUGGAAAAAUGUCACCACUUUUAUGACCUUCCCCAGGAGGCGUGACACUGAGUUGAGGGACACAACUUUCUUCGCUGCAAGAUUCAGGGUGUGUGCAAAACAGCCAAUGUGUGGUCCAAAGACAUCUGUAUUACGGAUGGCAUUCACAAUGUUUUGUGCAUUGUCUGUGGUUACAGGAAUGGGGAUAUUUGCUCUCUCUAGCUUCCAUUCAGUAAUUGCAUGCACUAGUUCUUCAGCCAGGUGUUCACUUGUGUGGCUUUCAUACAGUGGAUGAGUCUGCAGCACAAAGCCCCUCAUUUCCCAAUCAAGUAUGUAGUGUACAGUCAUCCAAAAUGAUCCCACACCGCAGACCUAUACGAUGACGGUGCCUCUUCAA